AUGUUGGAGGCAUUAUCACCCCGAUCCACCAACCAAGUGAUCAGACCCAAGGUGUCGAUGGAGCGUAAAGUGUUGGACAAGAAUGCCGCCGCCGCUGCCGCCGCUCAGAAAUCAUCGUCGUCAAAGAACCAUGCGCCCCCGCCGCCCUCAUUAGUCGUGGAACCCGAGGAGGAUGGCGAACAGUACUCAACGGGUGCGUUCCUGGGGAAGGGAGGCUUUGCGGUCUGCUAUGAGGGAACCCUGCUGCGGAAUGGUCGCGUCUUUGCCAUGAAAGUAGUACGGUCUGAGAUGGCUCAGAAAAAGAUGCAAGAGAAGUUCCGGACCGAGCUUCAGAUUCACUCCAAAAUGCGACACCCCCAUAUCGUCGAAUUCCAUCGUGCCUUCGCGUUCGAAAGCUGCAUAUAUGUCAUUCUCGAAUUAUGCCCCAAUGGGUCGGUAAUGGACAUGGUCAGGAAGAGAAAAUGCUUGAGUUUACCCGAGGUCCGGCGGUUCAUGAUCCAGCUCUGUGGUGCGGUGAAAUAUCUGCACAAGCGCAACGUGGCGCAUCGAGACUUGAAGAUGGGCAAUCUCUUCCUGGACAAGAAUAUGGACAUCAAGGUUGGCGACUUUGGCCUGGCGGCUAUGAUUGUCUCAGAGAAGGACGAAAAGCGCAGGAGAACAUUGUGCGGCACGCCAAACUAUAUCGCGCCCGAGGUACUUGAUCGGAGCAAGGGCGGACAUACGCAGAAGGUGGAUAUCUGGUCAUUGGGUGUCAUUUGCUUCGCUAUGCUUACAGGCUACCCGCCAUUUCAAUCCAAGACGCAAGAAGAAAUCUAUAAAAAAGUCCGAACCUUGACAUACGUGUGGCCCAAGGGAUCCGAGUGCGCCAAUCACAUUCCUGACGAAGCCAAGUCCCUCGUGAGCUCGUGUCUAAACUUGGCGGAGGAGGAGCGCCCUGAACCGGACGACCUGGUCGAGCAUCCCUUUUUCAGCAUGUACGAAGGUUGCAUACCAAAACGGCUAGACUCGAGAAACUGUUUGAACCGGCCUGUCUGGUUGAAGCCGGACGAACCCCGUGGCGAUCGCAUGAUGACGGGCUAUAGUCUGGAGUAUGACGACAAGCUUUCUGGGUAUAUAGAACAUGUGGAGGACCCCAGUCAACGGUAUGCCAUAUGCAAGGCUGCUUUUUACACGCUAUGUGGAGUGGGCAGGAAGCCCGAUGGUACAGCCCGCAAGGCUGCUGGCAGAAACUGCUCGAAAUCCGCUUAUGCUGAAUGUCUGAUUGAGGAAGAAAGAGGCUUCCAGCCGGUCAUUCCGUUGCCGGAGGAUAUUGUGUAUAAAUAUCCCAAUAUCCCGGAUGGUGACUGGAGUGAUCCAGUAUCUGCGCUCCUGGCUCGAAAAGAUGGUUCCUCGUUCGACAACAGUGUGUUGUCCAGGAAGAGCAGCGGAUCCGUUCGCGCCAACUCAGCCUCGCUUACCCGGACGCAAGCGGCGUUGGCUGCGGCACAGCAACGACGGAAAGAGUCUCAAAGCCACGCGGCGACACUUCGGCAGCAGGCUGCCACUGGAAGAGGAUCUAUCCGGAAGAUACCCGCGAUCUGUGACCCUCCAGCCGCAGCAACACGGGCUGUCUCCGAUGGGCGAGGCGUGGAGCCCAAUUCCGCGGUUACAGCACCAGCCCCAACGGGCGGACUGGCCGAACGCCCGAUUCGCGCGCGACGCGGCGUGGUUGCAUCAUACUCUAGCUCCUUGCGCGACUUGGAUCGAAACAUUCCACCACAAGCAGUGCCGAACGAAGGGCUCGGUAUACUCACCAUCGGGAAAACGCGGUCACAAUCUCGAAGACUGGAGGCUGCUAGUCAAGGGAGUACACAGACAGUGCCAGCUGCGACAGAGCUAUUGGUGUCCGCAACACUAGACAGCAAACCCGUAAAGACACGUCAGCCAUCACUCCGCUCUGCAACAAGGCCGGAACCUACAGAAGCACCGAAGGAAAGACUAGAACCUAAGGAAACAUCUAGCGAAGGUUCAACCGGAGGACGAUAUAUGGUGCGUUCUGAGACGCAGUCUUCUCAGUCGACCAGCAGUUCUAGCAGCAAGACGACGACCUCGUCUGCCAGCAAGCCACGCUCAACCUUGGGCGUUCAUCCUCUCUUUCACUCCAGCGAUCCUUGCGAAAUCCUUCCAAGGUCAUCACUGGAAGAUGUGAACGCCGACUUGCGACAUAUGAUUGCCAACAUGGUACCGCAUUCAGCGGCUCGAAGAAGGGCAGGACUUCGGAGAGCGCCCCACUCGUAUGUGAUCAAAUGGGUCGACUACACCAACCGGUACGGAAUCGGCUAUGUACUCGAUGAUGGCAGUGUUGGGUGUCUAUUCAAGGCCGAGCAUAACCAGCAGGCGAGCGGCGUCGUGGUGCGAGGCGGCGAAAGACACAUUCGGCGCAAGGCCCGUAGCCAAGAAGGUGGAAACUACGUCUACCCGGAGGCUGACCAGUUGAUCCCGCGAUUCGGGAGACCAGUGGAGUUCUAUGAGAAUUGCGAUCUCAAUUUUACGGAAUGCCGCGGUGGGAUCCGGAAAGCGUCCAUCUCGCCGUCGUUGUUUGAAGUGAGGAGCUCUUCUAGUGGUUCUUCGGGUUCUGGAAUCAAAGUCCGCACUAAUUCAGGUAUUGACUGUGCGCGUGCGGAUGCUGAGAAGAUCAAACGUGUCAAGCUGGUGGACCAGUUCGGCAAGUACAUGAUUGGAUCUCUCGGUCGAACUGGCGACGAGACCCUUGUGGAAGAUGAAUUGGUCACCGACAGUCCUGGCCAAUUCAUCAAAUUUUACCAGCGACUGGGGAAUGUAGGUGUCUGGGGCUUCGGAGACGGCGCAUUUCAGUUCAACUUCCCCGAUCACACCAAGCUGGUCAUCUCUCCAGGCCGCACAAGAAGUUCGUCACCCUGGGUUGACUUCUACCACCUUUCCCCAUCGGCUGCGCGAUACCUGAGCGCCAAAGGAAGAAUGCACCCAUCCGGAUUUGAUACACGGGCUAUAGCAUCAGACGAGGUCUCGACCUUUCUCACCAUUGCUUAUGGCGGCGGUGCCAGUACGGCGGAUGACCGCAUCCGGGACGUACUUGACGCGAAUCUAUUCCUGCAGAAGAUGGUCUUUAUCAAGGAGGUCAUGAAGGGUUGGAUCAAGCAGGGGCGCUUAGGAGGACGGUCUUCCUCUGGCGAGGGUCUUAGUUCGCUUGAGAUCUUCUGGGAAGGCUCCCAGGAGCGAGUCGCCUCAAGUAGCAGCGGCAACAAGUUCGUCUGGGUAACCGUAGGCGCGCCAGGAGGGGAUGGGGAGUAUCGAUCCAUCUCCUUAAAGGACAGGAAAGCAGAUGGGGAUGCUGAUGAGGAGGUUGAGGCGUUGCGGGAACGUCUUCGACUGCUGGGAGGACCAGCUUAG